AUGAGAAACGUUUGGCAGGUCCUGUUGGUCUUGUUUGCCAUCCUUAACCAGAAGUCACUCGCGGAUGGUCCAUGUCGAAGAAUCGCCAGAUACACCGUGUACGACUGCGAACCGGCGUGGCAAGCAUUCAAAGACAACUGCUACUUGAGGGUUGCCGAGGGUAAAAACUACUCCGAUGCUAAGCAACACUGCCAGAGUUACUCCAAGCAAUGGAGACCCACUCACUUGGCAUCCAUACUCAGUGAUGACGAGAACCAGUUCAUUGCUACCCUGAUUGACAGCAGCGACACCUGGAUCGGAUACAAUGACUUGGCAGUGGAAGGAGUCUACACCUGGUUGGAUGGAAGUCCCGCAGGCUACACCAAUUGGAAGCCUGGUUUUCCUGUCGGUGAUGCCUAUGGAAAUCAGGACUGUAUACACAUGUUUGAAGGGCCUCAAUGGAAGGAAUUCUACUGCGAUGGGAAGAUGAACUUUGUCUGUAAGAUGCCAAGACAUGUGCCUCUGUCUAAGAGGACAGACUCCCGAUAG